UUUGUCCUGUAGCUGCAGGUGCCUACCUGCCCCCCCUGCAGCAGGUGUUCCAGGCACCUCGCCGGCCUGGCAUUGGCACUGUGGGGAAACCAAUCAAGCUCCUGGCCAAUUACUUUGAGGUGGACAUCCCUAAGAUCGACGUCUACCACUACGAGGUGGACAUCAAGCCGGAUAAGUGUCCCCGCAGAGUCAACCGGGAAGUGGUGGAAUACAUGGUCCAGCAUUUCAAGCCUCAGAUAUUUGGUGAUCGCAAGCCUGUGUAUGAUGGAAAGAAGAACAUUUACACUGUCACAGCGCUGCCCAUUGGCAAUGAACGGGUCGACUUUGAGGUGACAAUCCCUGGGGAAGGGAAGGAUCGAAUCUUUAAGGUCUCCAUCAAGUGGCUAGCCAUUGUGAGCUGGCGCAUGCUGCAUGAGGCCCUGGUCAGUGGCCAGAUCCCUGUUCCCCUGGAGUCUGUGCAAGCCCUGGAUGUGGCCAUGAGGCACCUGGCAUCUAUGAGGUACACCCCUGUGGGCCGCUCCUUCUUCUCACCGCCUGAGGGCUACUACCACCCGCUGGGGGGUGGGCGCGAGGUCUGGUUCGGCUUUCACCAGUCUGUGCGCCCUGCCAUGUGGAAGAUGAUGCUCAACAUUGAUGUCUCAGCUACUGCCUUCUACAAGGCACAGCCAGUGAUUGAAUUCAUGUGUGAGGUGCUGGACAUCAGGAACAUAGAUGAGCAGCCCAAGCCCCUCACGGACUCUCAGCGCGUUCGCUUCACCAAGGAGAUCAAGGGUCUGAAGGUAGAAGUGACCCACUGUGGACAGAUGAAGAGGAAAUACCGUGUGUGUAAUGUUACCCGUCGCCCUGCUAGCCAUCAGACAUUUCCCUUGCAGCUGGAGAGUGGACAGACUGUGGAGUGCACAGUGGCACAAUAUUUCAAACAGAAAUAUAAUCUUCAGCUCAAGUAUCCCCACCUGCCAUGCCUGCAAGUUGGCCAGGAACAAAAGCAUACCUACCUUCCCUUAGAGGUCUGUAACAUUGUGGCUGGGCAGCGCUGCAUUAAGAAGCUGACUGACAACCAGACUUCGACCAUGAUAAAGGCCACAGCUAGGUCGGCCCCAGACAGACAGGAGGAGAUCAGUCGCCUGAUGAAGAAUGCCAGCUACAACUUAGAUCCCUACAUCCAAGAAUUUGGGAUCAAAGUGAAAGACGACAUGACGGAGGUGACGGGGCGAGUGCUGCCGGCGCCCAUCUUGCAGUACGGCGGCCGGAACCGGGCCAUUGCUACACCCAAUCAGGGUGUCUGGGACAUGCGGGGGAAACAGUUCUACAACGGGAUUGAGAUCAAAGUGUGGGCCAUCGCCUGCUUUGCACCCCAGAAACAGUGUCGAGAAGAGGUGCUCAAGAACUUCACAGACCAGCUGCGGAAGAUUUCCAAGGAUGCAGGGAUGCCCAUCCAGGGUCAGCCUUGUUUCUGCAAAUAUGCGCAGGGGGCAGACAGCGUGGAGCCCAUGUUCCGGCAUCUCAAGAACACCUACUCAGGGCUGCAGCUCAUUAUCGUCAUCCUGCCCGGGAAGACACCAGUGUAUGCUGAGGUGAAACGUGUUGGAGACACGCUCUUGGGAAUGGCUACACAGUGUGUGCAGGUGAAGAACGUGGUCAAGACCUCGCCUCAGACUCUGUCCAACCUCUGUCUCAAGAUCAAUGUCAAACUUGGUGGCAUUAACAACAUCCUAGUCCCACACCAGCGCUCUGCCGUCUUUCAACAGCCAGUGAUAUUCUUGGGAGCAGAUGUUACACACCCCCCAGCAGGGGAUGGGAAAAAACCUUCUAUCACAGCAGUGGUAGGCAGUAUGGAUGCCCACCCCAGCCGAUACUGUGCUACUGUGCGGGUACAACGACCACGGCAAGAGAUCAUUGAAGACUUGUCCUACAUGGUGCGUGAGCUGCUCAUUCAAUUCUACAAGUCCACCCGCUUCAAGCCUACCCGCAUCAUCUUCUACCGAGAUGGGGUCCCUGAAGGCCAGCUCCCCCAGAUCCUCCACUAUGAGCUGCUGGCCAUUCGUGAUGCCUGCAUCAAACUGGAAAAGGACUACCAGCCUGGGAUCACUUACAUUGUGGUGCAGAAACGCCAUCACACCCGCCUUUUUUGUGCUGACAAGAAUGAGCGAAUUGGGAAGAGUGGUAACAUCCCAGCUGGGACCACUGUGGACACCAACAUCACCCACCCAUUUGAGUUUGACUUCUAUCUGUGCAGCCACGCAGGCAUCCAGGGAACCAGCCGACCAUCCCAUUACUAUGUCCUUUGGGAUGACAACCGUUUCACAGCAGAUGAGCUCCAGAUCUUGACAUACCAGCUGUGCCACACUUACGUACGAUGCACACGCUCCGUCUCUAUCCCAGCACCUGCCUACUAUGCCCGCUUGGUGGCUUUCCGGGCACGAUACCACCUGGUGGACAAGGAGCAUGACAGUGGAGAGGGGAGCCACAUAUCGGGGCAGAGCAAUGGGCGGGACCCCCAGGCCCUCGCCAAAGCCGUGCAGGUUCACCAGGAUACUCUGCGCACCAUGUACUUCGCUUGAAGGCAGAACGCUGUUACCUCACUGGAUAGAAGAAAGCUUUCCAAGCCCCAAGAGCUGUGCCACCCAAAUCCAGAGGAAGCAAGGAGGAGGGAGGUGGGGUAGGGAGGAGUGCAGGAGGCCUUGUUUCCUUCUAUAGAGGUGGUGUAAGAGUGGGGAACAGGGCCAGCAAGACAGACCACCAGCCAGAAAUCUCUGAUAUCAACCUCAUGUCCCCCACUCCUCACCCCAUCUUGUCACAUCUGGCCCUGACCCCACUGGACCAAGAGGGGGGCCCACCAUACACACAGGUGUCUCAUGUGACUCACAGUGCUAAAGACUCAUGCUUGACAGCUUGGUAAGGUCAGCUCUGCAGCCCUGCGGACAAAAGCUGGUAGGUUUGGGUUUGAUACUUUAGAUGGGAAAGUGAGGGGCUUGAGAAAGUGGGUGGGAGGAGGGAAGGAUUUUUUAGGAGCCUUAAUCAGAAAAGGUCUAGAUUUGUUUAAGAAGAAAAAUGAAACCAGACCCAGAUCAAUAUUUUAGGAUACUAGAUGUUUUAAUGGGUUCAGAAUCCAGUUUGUAGGAAGAUUUUUAAUGGUUUUGGUUGCUCCUCCCCCAGCUGCCACCGACCCCUUGCCCUCAUUCCUCUCUCUCCACAUUUUCUACCCCACCUUACACCUCUUCCCUGACAGACAUCCGGCCCCUAGUAAUACUUAAGGCACUAUGGCACUUAGCUUUGAAGUGACACGACCCUGUCUUCCUUCCGCCUGCUGGUGGGUAACCAGUGCCUUCCCUGUAAUGGUAAUGCUGCAGAACUGCAACCUUUUGUACCUUUCUUUGGGGGAUGGGGUGGGGGUGGGAGAGGAGAUAGGUGGGGAAGAAAUACCCGAAACUCAACAAGCAUCCAGCCAGAAUGCCAGAUAUUUUGCAUUUGAAGGAAUUGACUUCCACAUUCACUGAGCUUUUUAAAAGAUCAUAACCUCGAGAUGGUUAAAAUCCAUUGACAUUUGCACUUUCAGACAUGACAAGUCUCAGAGCUGCUUCCUGAGAUGACUGGCCCCUGGCCUUUCCAGUUAUGCCUCCUUUUCUUCCUGUUCCCCCUACCUCCCACCCUGCCUGGAUCUGGAGUUACUUUCAUAACAUUUCUCAUUCUUCUUUUUUCCCCUGAUGGUCAAGUCUCUUAUGUUUCAAUAUUUCUUAACUGGGGUGUCUUAUAACAAAAGAUCCUUAGGUCUAAAAUAAGAAAAAAGAGAGAAAACAAAAUGUUAUUUUUAUAUCAUAACUUGAGUCUAUUGCCAAAAUUUGGAAAUCCCUCCAUGCUGAAUGAGUUUAUAUCCCAGAAACACUGAGCCAUCAGAAGGAACGGUGUACCUGACUUGUUCUCUGGCCUGGCUAGGUAGCGGGUGGUUAUCUCCCCAAAGUGGGGCUCAGACUUCAUCCUUCCUCUGUGCAGAUAAUAACCUUUUUCUUGCUACAGCCUCUCUCCUCUGUACUGUCCUGCACUCUUUCUUGCAAGUGCAUCUUCCUUUACUCUGGACUGUCGUCUGACCCUUUGGCUUAUCCUAGAUUGCAGUGUGUCCUGUGGACAGGCUGAGGAAUUUUGCUGCUCCCUAUUGCUUCUGUUUACACAAAUGAAUUUUUCCUGGUUUCCCACUAGGGCAUGUGAGUGGGUGGCAUGGGUUUUUGUUUUUGUUUUUGUUUUUUUUUUUUGUCUUGAUACGGGGUUUGGCUGUCUUGCAGGACUGGAAGAGGUGGUUUUAGCUUGGUCCCUGCUGGCCUUGAGGCAUGGCCCCCUAUUUCCUUGACUGUUCAUUUUUUUCCCACUCAACUGCUUGGGCUGGGGAGUUGCAACUUCAGUGUGGAAUUUCCUCUUUUUGAGGAACUUUGGCUUGGGUUUGCCCCAAUCUGGUGAUGAAGCCAUGAUACUUAGACCUAGCCCAGGCUUGGAGGCCAGCCAGAGGAAGGAGGGUCUGAAUCCUGGCCUAUGGAAUUAGAGCUACCCUUUCCUCUCCCUAGCAGCCCUUGUAUCACCCAGAUUUGCUAUGCAAAACAAUCUAUCCCAGGUUCUGUUCUGGUAGGCUAUGUUGUUUAGUAACUUCACAAACCAUAGCACAAACAUUCAUUAUGGAGAAAGCAUCAGAACUGUUGAGUAACUCCUCCUUUACUAUUUUCCUGCUGGCUACAGCAUGGGGUGCCCUGUGGGCACAAGCCCAGCUGAAGAACAGAAUGGAGGGCUCUGGGGGGAGGCAGCUCACUGGAGAGCCUACAUUCCUUACACAAGUGCCUAAAGAGAGUGAUGCCAACACUCCAUCUGCCCUGUCCAUUGCCUUCACAUACAGUCUAGUCGUGUUCUGUCACCCUUUGGGGAGGGAAGCUCUCCUGGGACAGUGGGCUCUGCGUGUUCUCUACUUGGGUACAUUUUGGGGCUGGAAUCAGGGCACUAUUCCUGGAGGGUCCAGUUAUUCACCAGCAUUCGCAAAUGUCCACGGGGAGCAGGUGGCAGCCACUACUCCCAACAACUUUGUGUUCUCUCUUUUUCUCUCUUUGCCUCACUCUCUCCACUUGAGUUUUCAGUUGGGGCUUGACAUACAUUUUUAGCCCUGUGGCAUUGCACGUGGCAUUCAGUAAAUAAAUGCAAGA